UAGAAAAAAGAAAGAAGAAAACUUUAAGAUACUUUUUUUUUAUCGCUGUUUCACGAUGCGCGUUCUCCACUCGUCGAUCAUUCUCGUUCUCUGCCUGUUUCUCCACGUUUCUGUUCAAGAAUGGCAGAAGGAGGCCGAUGAUGAGAUUCAGGAACGAAUAAAUUUCUCCAAGUAUACAAUUGUUCCAAAAACGAAGUGGUGCGGGCCAGGUAAUAAAGCGAAAAACGAGAACGAUUUGGGAUAUUUUAAGAUAACCGACGCUUGCUGCAGAGACCACGAUUUAUGUGGCGAUAGCAUCAAACCUCUCGGAUCUAAACAUGGCUUGAGGAAUUUGAGCCCUUUCGUCAGGUCAGAAUGCUCGUGUGACAACAAGUUCUACAAUUGUCUCAAGAAUUCGUCAGAGUUUAUCACUCCCAUUAUAGGCAACGGUUACUUCAAUAACAUACUGAAUCAAAAGUGCUACAAAUUGGAAUAUCCUGUCACCGGUUGCAAACUUUACACGAACGAGAAAAACCGACGUUGCGUGGAGUAUAUUCUGGACAAGAAAAAGCCGAAGAUUUACCAAUGGUUCGAUCUGCCUAACUUUUCCUAAUUAUUAUC